AUGAUGUCAUAAUUAGGGUCAUACAAGGAGUCGCCUCCUUCAAUCCCACAACAUGAUGAUAGCGUUCUACAUCGGUUGGGGACAAGUGCUGACCAUGACAAUCAAAGAUAUCAGAAUAAAAUUAAGAGGGUAAGAUUUGAGGACUCGUAACAAGGACACCUCUCAAGAGACCCGGUCGAGGCUAGACCCUCAGAAGAAGAUGGAUAUUUAUUAUUAAUUAUAACCCCUAAAUAUAAUUUGAAAAUAAAUAUAGAAAAACCAGCAAUUAUUAAAUUACAAAAUCAAAUUAAUUAAGGAAAUAUAUUUGGAUUUCCAGCAGCUUUAAGUUAUGAAAAAAGAAUUUCAUAUUAAAAGAAAGUUUAAUUAAUUAGUAAAAGUAGUUUCAAGAAAAUAACUGGCUAGCUGAAUAAACCUAAUAAAUUUUAAAUAAUUGAAUGA